AUGAAGGCAUUUUCAAUUCUCGCUCUUGCAGCAGGUUUCGCUGCUGUCGUGUCCGCCGGAUAUGACGGCGAUGACGACAAUAACGAAUGGGACCACAAAAAGUGGAAACACGAUAACGUUAUCACAUUGACUGAUGUCAUAUUCGAGACCAGACCACCUGUCGUCGUCUACACGACUGUUACUGCUACAGUGACAGAUGGUGUUAGCAAGCCGUGGGGUCAUCACUACAAGCAAAAAGGCGAACACGGUGGCUGGGGCAACCACGGCAACAACUGGGGCGGAAAAGGUGGCCACGGUGGACACGGUGGCUGGAAGGGAAAGGGCGGACACGGCGGAAAAGGUGGAUACGGUGUAAAAGGUCAUGGUGGUAAAGGUGGCUACAAGCACAAGCACCACGACUGGGACGACGACGACAGCGAUGAUUAUCACCACAAGGGCGGCAAGGGCGGCAAGGGAGGAAAGGGAGGCAAAUGGGAUGAUGAAAAUGGCAAGGAUGGUGGUUGGGAAGGCAAACAAGGUGGAAAGAACCAAAUGAAGGGCAACGGUCAAAUCACCGUGAAUCCCUUAAAGAUCGGUGCUGCUGCUCAAUCAUCUUCUACUUCAUCAGCGGCUGCUGGUGCUCCCUCUUCGGCCGCUUCCUCAUCUGCUGCUGGUUCCUCGUCAUCUAUGAACGGUGCUGCUCCUACCAGCGCAGCCAGUGGUCCUGCUUCCAACGUCAGUGGCAGCGCAAGCCGUACCUCCGUUGCGCACAGACCCUCUACCACCACCCGCCGUACUGGUGCCGGCGCCAACCUUCGCGUUGGUGGUUCCUUAGUUGCUGCAUGUGUUGGUGCUGCCGCAUGGUUCCUUCUUUAA